UAUUUAUAAUGAAUCAUAGGGCCUGUGGCACACCGCUCUUACUCGGAAGGACACCUCAAAGGGCACUCACUGUGCCUGACACUACUAAAGUGGUGUUAAGGCUAACUGCUCAAGGACUUCUGCACUCCACACCACUGAACAGAGCUGACUGUGUAACGUUCUUGCUCAAUGGACGACUUUGACUACAGCUUGCACAUCUCCGAUCAAGACUGGGAUACUUUUUAUCAGGAAUGUGAGGCUUGCAACUUGCUCUCUCCAGGACUUGCCAGCCGAGAGGAUUCUGGCAUGAGUGACAUUGAUGAGAUGGGGUCCCACCUCCUGGACCUGACCCGACUCCCAGCAUCCGCGGAGGCUGAUCUAGACGGUCCUCCGGACUGCGAGGGUUUGCCUGUAGACAAUUACCUGAGCAAAUAUGGGAUACGUAGCCCAGAGCAGGUUCUCUCUGGCAGUGAGGAGGAUCUGAACCUUCAGACUGUCAAUCUUUUCUUUGAGCAGUUAAAAAGUGUCACUGUAAAUGAACAAAGCCAUGCGGCAAAUUGCCAAAGUAAGAAGAUGGACCAUCUGGCGGGUUUGAUUGAUAAGCAGGUUAUUCAGUCUAUAGGUAUUUGUCCAUCUGGCAGAAAUGCAGCCAGUCUUAAAGGUGAGAUCACUAAGCAGGGUGAGGCUGAUACCUGGGGCAGUACAGCUUUGGAAAAACCUAUAAUGGCCACAUUUACUAAUGCACAGGCACGUGCAUCAGAUUCCACUGAAAGAGAGCCGGUCGUUGGAGGGGGGUCAUUGUCAUCUCAACUAAUUACAGUAGGAAUGAAACAGGAGCAGGAGAAAAGGUGUUAUCAUCUCAGCUGCACAGAGAGCACAGAGCUUAAGCAGAAACCUGAAACAAAGCCACCAGACAAACCGAAAAUGGCUAACUGGACAAAUGUGACCGACUUAAAUCCAGCAGGAGAAAGCAUUGCUCAGCUGAACACCGGAAACAUUUCUGAUUCAAACGAUUCACCAGUCUGUCAGUUUCCAGUGUCACCUUCUAAUCUCAGGAGGAAGAGGAGGAAGAAAAAGAGGAUGAGUAGUGAACCGGGGGAGCCGGGUCAAGGCUAUGAGGCUCAGUUCCGGGUUCAUCAAAGUGAAUCGGAGGAAGAGAGAUUCAGUCAGAGAGAAGUGAUAAACAGUCUUCCUACACAUUUCCUACAAAGAGAGCACUCAUCACUCCCAAGAGUUAAAAUGUCAUCAGUAUCAUUCAAUAAUGAUAAUUUACCAUUAUCUUUCACCAACUUUGGUUUUGACGCAAAGCCUCAAGUCGGGUGUACAAGUAUGUACAAUAUUUCCAAAAACACAAAUGAUAUAUCUCUUGUAAACAAUGGACAGUUGAAAGCAAAGGUCUGUCAGAAGUCCACAUUACCCCAGAUGGAUAUAGUACUACAUAUACAAGAAAAUUAUGUUGAAGUAAAUCCAAUACAAACUGAUUCUGCCUUACAGUUAAGAGACACACCAAGUAUUAAAGAAACCUUAUCAGAGUCUCAAAGUGAUAAAUCUGCUACAGGAUGUCAAAGGAAAUCCUUAUUAUCUCCUAACAUUUCCACUGCGGCUGAUUCAACAGAGCCUCUUUCCUCUUCAGUCACUUUAAACCUGGCUGAGGGCGCAUGUAAAGAUGUAUCCUGUAUGGGAAAUGAGAUUGACUGCUGUGCAUUUAACAGUGAACAAAGCUCACCAAGCAAAUGGAAGAUGACGUGGACUUCUGACACACAACAAAGCAAUUUUUCUAUGACUGAGAACAUAGAUGAAACUGAAUCUUGCCUGGAUGGAAACAGUCCAAAAACAUUUUCACAAAAAGGAGAACUCGUUCCUCCUACGGACAUGCAAACUUUUAAAAUAAGCACAGACAGUCCAUUAGGUAAGAUAAAAUCAGAGACUAAGUGUUGUAUGCCUGAAAAUGCUGUUGUAUGUGAUCAUGAAACAGAUGAAGGUCCUAUUCAAAGCAUGAAUAACAGCAGUGAGAUAUCAUUUGUGAAUACUUCACUCAUACAACCAGAAAAUUUAACUGAAGAAUCUGAAGAUAAGCGAUACAACACUGUCAAUGAAGAUGCCCAUUUAUACCAUGCUGUAGAAGAUAAGAGCAUUGGUGAAUUAUGUGAUGAAACAACCAGAUCAAGUGAACAUAUACAUGGCUUGAACAUAUCGGAUAAUAAUGCUCUGUCUGGAAAUGGAAAAGAUGGACACAUACUAAGCAUAAAUAACAGUCGUGAGAUAUCAAUUGUGAAUACUUUACUCAUUCAACCAGAAAAAUCAACUGAAGAAUCUAAAGGGAAGAAGAGAUACAACGGUGUCAAUGAAGAUGCCAAUUUAUACCAUGCUGUCGAAGAGAAGAGUAUUAGCAUGUUAAGUGAUAAUCCAACCAGUUCAAGUGAGUAUAUAAAUGGUCUGAAAAUGCCUGAAGAUCCUGCUGUGUCUGAUAAUGGAAAUGAUGAAAGUCCCAUUCAACACAUAAAUAACCACAGUGAGGUAUUAAAUAGAAAUUUAUUGCUCAUAAAACCAGAAAGUUUAACAGAAGAAUCAGAAAGUAAAGGACACAACAGUGGAACUGAAGAUGCCAAUUUAUACCAUGCUGUGGAAGAGAAAAGUAUUGGAGAUUUAAGUGAUGAGACAACCAGUUCAAGUGAGCAUAUACAUGGUGUGAAAAUACCUGAACACACUUCUGUAUCUGAUCAUGAAACAUUUGAAGGACACAUACAAAGCAUAAAUAACAGUAGUGAGAUAUUGAUUGCGAAUACUUCUUUCAUUCAUCCAGAAAAUUCAACCGAAGAAUCAAAAAGUAAAGGACACAACAGUGGAACUGAAGAUGCCAAUUUAUACCAUGCUGUGGAAGAGAAAAGUAUUGGAGAGUUAAGUGAUAAGACAACCAGUUCAAGUGAACAUAUAAAUGGUCUGAAAAUGCCUGAAGAUCCUGCUGUGUCUGAUCAUAGAAAAGAUGAAGGACACAUACAAAGCAUAAAUAACAGUAGUGAGAUAUCAAUCGUGAAUACUUCACUCAUUCAGCCAGAAAAUUCAACUGAAGAAUCUAAAGGGAAGAGAUACAAUGGUGUCAACGAAGAUGCCAAUUUAUACCAUGCUGUAGAAGAUAAGAGCAUUGGUGAAUUAUGUGAUGAAACUACCAGAUCAAGUGAACUUAUAGAUGAUCUGAAAAGGCCUGAAGACAUUGCUGUAUCUGAUCAUGGAAAUGACGAAGGCAACAUUCAACACAUAAAUAACAGCAGUGAGGUAUUAAAUAUGAAAUCCUCACUCAUAAAACCGGGAAAUACAACAGAAGAAUCAGAAAGUAAAGGACACAACAGUGUCGAUGAAGAUGUGAAUUUACACCAUGCUGUGGAAGAGAGGAUUAUUGGUGAAUUAAGUGAUGAAACCACCAGAUCCAGGGAAAAUAUAUGUGGUCUGAAAAUGCCUGAACACAUUUCUGUGUCUGAUCAUGGAAAGGAUGAAAGUCACAUUCAAAGCACAAAUUGUAACAGUAGUGAGGUAUUAAACAUGAAUACCGCAAUCAUAAAACCAGGAAAUUCAACAGAAGAAUCAGAAGUUAAGGGACACAACAGUGUAAGUGAAGAAGACAAGAGUAUUGGUGAAUUAUGUAAUUUGACCAGCACAUCAAGUGAAAGCACGUGUGAUCAUAAAAAAGAAAUGGAGAUGCUUAGUGAGGAUUCAACCCAGAAUGCUUUAGCUGAUGUUUCAGACUCAAAAAGUAUAGAUCUCGAGAGUAUAGUACUCAACGCUCCAAAUCAGACUCCAUGCCCUGUGUAUGCUAUCUCCUCAUUCUGGAAUGAAAUGGAAAAGCUAACCAUCAAUGACAUUUUGCGGCUGCGGAUGAUUGCCAAUGCCCAGCACCCCAGUGUUCUGACCCAACCAGAAGAUGGCAGCAUCGCAGACGCUACUGAUGCUGCAGACUCGGGUUACUUUACACAACCAGAUGACUCUAAACCAGACCGCUUGAGUGAAGACAUGUCUUUCAUAUCUGAUUUAGAUGAAGACUUUACACUUCAAACUCCAGAUUGUAUUAAGCAAGAGGAGUCAUCAUGUGAGCUUCCUAGCAGCCCCUGUAGUGUGACAUGGCAAAAUGAUUCAGAUCCAGCGAUCGUGGGUGAUGAUGUGUUGUUCGUAAGUUCUGAAACUAUAGUUCCCGAACAUCUCUGUAAAUCUAACACUCAGCAGUGCUUCAGAAAAAUCUGCAAGAAUAUUAGCGUGCAGAACCUGCAAGCUCUGGAGUCUCAACCUAUUAGACAAAUGCUGAGAAAUCCUUCUUUACAUUCGAUACAUUCAGAAGUAGAGGAUCCUUUUUACCACGUGAACACUUCAUAUACAACGUGCUUGUCUGACGAUGAGGAAGUGGAUAGCGGUGGUAUCUCGUUUUCUGAAAUAAUCCAAUAUUUUUUAGGUGAUAACGAACCACAACGUUGUCCUUCUCCUGCAGACAAUGCUGAAUCGUACCCUAGAAGCUUUUUUUCUCCGUUUGAAGAUGAGUCAAGUGGAAAAGAUAAAAUGGUUCCCAUAUUUUCCUACACCCGUUCCGGGAACCAUCAGUUCCCAGAGGCGUACGAUUAUUUCUUCCCUGAUUCCCCUGUCCAUUCAGAUGAAGAUGAUGAGAGUGACAAUGCUUCAACCAAGGUGGAGACACAUAAGUCCACUUAUCCAUUUGAAGAUGAGCCAGGUGAAAAGGAUGAAGCCGUUCCCGUAUUUUCCUGCUCCCGCUCCAGGAACCAUCAGUUCCCAGAGGCGUACGAUUAUUUCUUUCCUGAUUCCCCUGUCCAUUCAGAUGAAGAUGAUAAUGACAAUGCUCCAGUCAAGGUGGUGACACAAAAGUCCACCAACCACUGUCCUGUGGCAAAACUGGACACGUGUGAGGACUCAAAUCCUGUUCAGGGCAGCUUCUUCUGGACAAAUCUUUUUUCAUUUAGAAGAGUUCGACGCACUGCUCCUUCAAUCCCUGAGGAGAAGUCUUACUCCUGGGCUCUCACUCCUGUGAAGCCAUUACGCAAAGGAAUUAAGUCUGUUACUGUGAUGGGCCCCGAUGACAAACCCUUCCCAGAUACAUUGUACCUCAACCUGGAGAACAACAUCUUGCUGCAGCUGACUGAGCAACAGAAGAAAUGUAUGGAGAUGCAGACAGUCAUUGCUGAUCCGAGGUUGGAUGCCCCGUUCUUGCCUCUUAGACAGGCUGACAUGUGCUUGGUUUGUAUUGCGUUUGCCUCUUGGGUGCUGAAAUCAGCCAAUCCUGGAGCAGACACCUGGAAAGCUGCUCUUCUGGCGAACAUCAGUGCCCUCUCUGCCAUACGAUACCUACGGAGACACAAAAGGGAGGAGGCUUCUCUGCGUCAGAUAGAGCCUGCAUAACUCUUCUGUAGCUCAGCAGACCUAACCCUUUCUCCAUGUAAUUCAAAAGGGUGGUAGUGAAUGUGCAUGCAUGCAGGUAAUCCUUCAAAUUUCUAGACUGCAUUUAAAAAAUACUCUUAUUUACCUUUACUAUUGUGAACGUAAACACUUUAUAUAGUACAACAAUAAAUGUAACUUCAGGUCAGUGACAGUAGCCUACUGUUGAUAAUAUUCUUUUGUUUGAGUAAAACCUCAUCAGCAUAUCAAUACUAAACAAGUAAUGUUAUUAUUUCUGAAAUGACCAAAGCCCUUUAUCAAAAAUGUGUGUUUGUGAAAAGAGCACUUGCAUGUUGGUUAAUAUGAUAGUGAGAUGCUUACAGAACUGUUAUGAUGACAGAUGGAUGUAGUAAUUUGGGGGCAGUUCAUGUUCUAUGAUACCACUGAAAUGCUGGAAUUUAGGGGCCAAAUAUGUAAGUAAUAAAAAGAUUAAUUCAAAGAUAUUUGUUAAAAUUACAUCACAAUGUGCUCCCUGCUUUAAAUAUAUUUCAGCUUAUGCCAAGAAUGUAUUUAAAUUGUCUGUUUUACCUCAAAUAAAACUGAUUAUUUAUUUUAAAGUCUUAAAUAAGUCCUAAAGAGUGU